CUGAUGAGCUGACGCCUGGGGGCGGAUUAUCAUCAACUGUCAUGGCGAUUGUGUUGUCUUUUUCUUAUCUUAUCACAACAACCACAAUAUAAAUAUUAUUAAUUAUUAUCAUGGGUUUAUAAACAAUUUAUUCAAGCAAUUAUAGGAAAAGUAAACUGAAGAUGGAGUCUUUUCGCCUUUCAUCGCAACGGAAAUGACUAAUGGUGAACACUUGGGGUGGGGCCUAUGAAGAAUCCUUGUCAUUCACAAGCUAAAAAAUGCCAGGGAUGAAAGACACAAAUAUAGUAAAGAUAGCGGUGGAGAUGACCGACCAGGUUCCUCAGCUAAUCGAGUUUAACCAAAAACAGCCGUUGGCCGGAAUAAUUCAAGAGUUGUGCAACGGUUGGAGCUUAACCGAUCCGGAACAGUACGCGUUGCAGUUCAGCGAGAACAACAAUCGUAAUUACAUAACGGAAAAGAAUCGUAACGAAAUAAAGAACGGAUCCGUCCUACGACUGCAGUAUUCCCCCUCGAAGACCGCGCAAGAUAUUCUGCACAAAUUAAAUUUAGGAUCUCAGGAGGAGAAAUCUCAGGCCUUGCAGAAGUUAACGAAUUUAAGCGCGGAUAUGACGUUUGCCCUCGAUUUCAUCAACAAGCAGGGUUUGGCUUUGAUAAUACGACAGAUCGAGGGAGGCAAAUGUAAAGGAAGUAUUCUGGCACAUACGCUAUUGUCGUUUGUCGAGUUAAUGGAGCACGGUAUCGUGUCAUGGGACAUUUUGGAGGGAAAUUUUAUCAGUCGCGUAGCCGGUUUAGUUAACACCGCGCAAGAAUCUCAGGUCACGCAGGCGGCGUUGUCAAUUUUGGAAAACGUAGUAUUAAAUAGUAGCGAGGGCUAUGGGCAAGUCGAGCGCGAAGUUCCCGUUCCCUCGCUAAUUACUCAUCUGCAAGCAGCUCCGGUUGUUCAACAGAAUGCGGUCGCUUUAAUUAAUGCUCUUCUACUCAAGGCGGAUGUUGCCAAACGUCGCGUUUUGGCUACAACACUGGCAUCUAAACAAGUCAGAAGUGUUAUACAGCACAACAUCCUGCAGACCGGUGCUGCCGAAGGUGCGGAAAUGGCUCAUCAAUUAUACGUGCUGCAGACACUCAUGCUGGGACUGCUGGAGCAGCGAAUGAUGACAAAAAUGGACCCCCAGGAUCAAGAUGGUCAUGAGAAAAUCAAAGAAUUACGCCGCAUCGCGUUUGACGGCGAGGGCCCGGGCGGUGCAAGAGGACCCAGCGGUUUUACGCGCGAUUAUAAGAAGCUCGGAUUUAAAAACGAUAUUAAUCCGGCUCUGGACUUUAUCGAGACUCCCCCCGGCCUGCUGGCGUUAGACUGCAUGAUUUACUUCGCGCGAACUUACCCGGACGGCUAUACCAAGUUGGUUCUCGAAAAUAGUUGUCGAGCCGACGAGCACGAAUGUCCCUUUGGACGCGCGAGCGUCGAGUUGGUGCGUAUAUUAUGCGAUUUAUUGGCGAUCGGCGAGGCGCCUUCGGAGCAAGGACAGGCGUUUCAGCCUUUGUUUUUUACGCACGACCAUCCCUUCGAGGAGUGCUUCUAUAUUUGUAUAAUGCUGUUGAAUAAAACCUGGAAGGAAAUGCGAGCGACUGCCGAAGACUUUGGUAAAGUCGCCAGUGUGGUUAGGGAGCAAAUUGUUCGCGCCCUUACCCUGUCGCCUGCGUCAUUGGAUCAGUUGAAGGCACGACUACAGGUAUUGACCUAUAGCGAAAUUACAGCUUUGUGGCAGCAAGAACGGACGUCCCGGGAGGAGUGGGAGUCGCAUGCCAGACCAAUUGUUGAGCUUCGUGAGCAAAUCACCCCCGAAAUAUUGGGGUUGAUUAAGCAGCAACGAUUAGCCUUCUUAGUGGAGGGAACCCGUUUCACCAAAUAUUCGGCUCGAGGGCAAAGGAUUAAAGACAAGUUUUGGUACAUGCGCCUCUCGCCAAAUCAUAAAGUGCUACAUUAUGGCGACUGCGAUGAGAAAAGUGCACCUACCAUCGAAGAGUUGGGAUCGAAAUUAACCGUUUCAGAUGUACGUGCCUUACUUGUUGGGCGAGAUUGCCCUCACAUGCGAGGACGUAAAUCUUCUCAUCACCUCGCCUUUUCUUUGGCAUUGGAAGGUGUCGAUCUGCAAUCGUUAGACUGUGUGGCGCCCGACGAGCUAACGUUAGCAUACUGGACGGACGGCAUAAAUACUUUAUUGGGGCAGCGAAUGCAGAGCCGUGAGACUGACAAGGAUCUGGAUACGUUAUUAUCUAUGGAAAUUAAGUUACGAUUACUCGAUGCAGAGGGCGUUACCAUACCACAAGAUCCUCCGCCUAUUCCACCGGAUCCUCCUAAUUAUCAAUUUUGCUACGACUUAAAAUGAUCUUUUGUAGGAAAAUAUAUAGAACUGUCAUUUUAACCUUUUAAAAAUACUCAUAUUUGUAUUCUUCUUAUUAUACACCCACUAGUUAA